AUAAGGCAGGUAGCGUCAUGGAUGACGCUGGAUGCCUUGAACCUCCACGUGACCGCGUCAACCACAUCCCCACAACCGGAACAUCUAACAGCACUACACAGGAAGCAAGUACGCCCAUAUCGAUCGAUCGGAUCGGAUCGGAGGUGAAGAAGAUGGCCGGAGCAGGCGAGCUGAAGCUGCUCGGGAUGUGGGCGAGCCCGUACGUCAGCAGGGCGAAGCUCGCGCUCCACCUCAAGGGCGUGAGCUACGAGUACGUCGAGGAGGAUCUCGGCAACAAGAGCGAGCUCUUCCUCAGCUCCAACCCGGUGCACAAGACGGUGCCGGUGCUCAUCCACGGCGGCAGACCCGUCUGCGAGUCGAGCAUCAUCGUGCAGUACAUCGACGAGGCCUUCCCCGGCUCCGGCGUCUUGCUCCUCCCCGCCGACCCCUACGAACGCGCCGUCGCUCGCUUCUGGGCCGCCUACAUCGACGACAAGCUGGCGGCGCCGUGGGGGAAAGUGUACAGGGUGGAGACGGAGGAGGAGAGGGCCGAGUACAUGAGGCAGACGCACGCGGCGGUGGACGCGCUGGAGGGAGGACUGGAGGAGUGCUCGAAAGGGAAGGCCUUCUUCGGCGGCGACGGCGUCGGGUACGUCGACGUCGUGCUGGGUGGCCUCGUGUCGUGGGUGCGCGCCGGUGACAGGCUCUCCGGCGGCAGGCUCUUCGACGAGGCCAAGACGCCGCGGCUGGCGGCGUGGCUGGAGCGGUUCGGCGAGCUCGACGCCGCGAAGGCCGUCCUGCAGGACGUCGACAGGGUGGUCGAGUACUCGAAGCAGUUCCUGCCAAAACAGCACCCCGCAGCUAGCUGGUCCACGAAAAUGGCAGGACGAAACGAGCAGAAGCUGCUCGGGAACUGGGCGAGCGCCUACGUGACCAGAGUGAAGCUGGCACUCCACCUCAAGGGCGUCACCUACGAUUACGUCGAGGAGGACCUCCGCAACAAGAGCGACCUCUUGCUGGAGUCCAACCCGGUGCACAAGACGGUGCCCGUGCUCAUCCACAACGGCAGGCCCAUCUGCGAGUCUCAGAUCAUCGUGCAGUACAUCGAUGAGGUCUUCUCCGGCGACGGCGAAUCCCUCCUCCCCGCCGAUCCCCACGAGCGCGCCGUGGCCCGCUUCUGGGCCGCCUACAUCGAGGACAAGCUAGUGGCGCCAUGGGAGAAGGUGUUCAGGGCCAAGACGGAGGAGGAGAGGGCCGUGUGGAUGAAGCAGAUGUUCGUCGCGGCGGACGCUCUGGAGGGGGGACUGAAGGAGUGCUCCAAGGGGAAGGGCUGCUUCUUCGGCGGCGACAGCGUCGGGUACGUCGACGUCGUGCUGGGCGGUGCCGUCUCCUUCGUGCACGCCAACGACGUGAUCACCGGCGCCAAGCUCUUCGACGCCGCCAGGACGCCGCUCCUGGCGGCGUGGUUGGAGCGGUUCGGCGAGCUCGACGCCGCCAAGGCGGUGCUGCAGGACGUCGAGAGGGCGGUGGAGCACACCAAGAUGGUGCAGGCACGGAAUGCAGUCACCGGGGCAAGUAGUCACUGACUCGGUGUCACGAAAUGUGCUGACGACUACUGUUGAUAGCAUCGUUCAAUAUUAUAUCUAUUGUCGUUAAUUCCAGAUUGCUGAAGUAAUUCCUACUCCCUCCGACUCUCUCACAUUUAAAUUCAUGUUUAUCUUGUCUAAUCACCCUCUCACUCCUACUUAUACUUCAUUUAUUUUGGGGUGAAUGGAGUACCUAAAAUUGCGAAAUUAAUUGGUGCGGUCUUCUUGUUAAGCGUCGUGUAGUUCUGAACUUCUGAUGCAUCCAUUUCUAUCGCAGUGAGUUUC